AUCAACUCAGUAAUAGGUCAAACAACUAAGAAGUAUUUUAAAGCAUGAGAAGCACGAGUUUUCUUAUUUAUUCCCUGUCUCUUGUGGCGGCUUUUCUACAUUUUGUGUCAAUCGUAAACGGGAUGUGUCCUCUCGUCUGCGACUGCAGUAAUGCUCCUACACGGUGUCCCAGCGGUGUCAGUCUUGUAACAGACGGUUGCAAUUGUUGCAAAGUUUGUGCCAAGCAGACGGGAGAAGAGUGCAACGACCAGGAGAAGGUUUGCGAUCCGCAUCGGGAUCUUUUCUGUGAUUAUUCCGGGAGCAGGAGCGGAGAUUGGGGAGUCUGUAGAGCACAAGAUGGCCGACCUUGCGUACACGAGGGCACAAGGAUCAGUAGUGGUACAAUGUUUCAACCAACAUGUAAACUGCGAUGUUGGUGUAUGGACGGUGCCGAUGCUUGUACCUCACUAUGUCCGCAUGAGAUUCAAGUCCCACUGCCCCAUGUAUGUCCCCAUGCUCGGCUUCAACCUAUUCCUGGCCAAUGCUGCAGUGCCUGGGUAUGUGACGCGCCAUCUGGGGAGUCUGCUGUUUUACCAAUGGACCGGUUUUGGAACGAGUAUGUUUCCGAACAUGAACCGACCGAUAUUUCGAGUUCGGUGUUACCGCUUGCCACCGUGGAAGAGCUAGGCAGUAAUGUGGCCGAUGACGUAGUGUACGAGUCCGACGGUGGCCCGGACGGGGACGAAAUCAUCGAUUAUCAGCUUCGGUACGUUGAUUCACCGCAGAUCGACGUGGGGGACGAGGACAGCUGGUCAGAAACGAAUCUAAUUCCAGGAGAGGGUAAGUGCUGUUUAAUCAUCAUGAACCGAAUAAAUGUACAAACGGCAUUCAAACGUACACCGCUACACCCAUUACCUUUCCCAAGAAAUUGUGAGGUCUCUAUUAAAAUGCGAACAUCCAUCAUCCACGGGUGCAGUUCCUCGUUGACAGUCGAUAUGAAAACCUCAAAACAAUCCGGUUGUGUUCUUAAAUCUCGCCGGAAUUCAAGGGCGAAAUUCCCGCAAAUACCGACUUCUGUCGCCGUGGUCUUUGCAGCUGUUAUCGUGUGCGCAGUCUCAACUUCAUCCUUUGCGUCUUCAGUUACCCGAGGCCGUUCGCUAGCGGGAAAUCGCAAGUCAGGUUGCCGCCAACAAGCGUCGAUGUGGAGCUACUGUACAAAGAGUUGCGGGCUGGGUGUUUCGACUCGCGUAAGCAACGCAAAUGCAGAAUGUAAACUGAGGAGAGAAGUUCGUUUAUGCGAAGUGAGAUCUUGCAACCAAGAAGAAUCUCUCACACCUAAGCACGGGAGACGUUGCAUGAAACAGAGGCGAGCUCCGCGCAAGGAACAUAUUGUUUACUCGGGUUGCACGAGUGUCAGAUCGUACAGACCUCGACAUUGUGGAUUGUGUAAAAGCGAGGACAGAUGUUGCACCCCUCGCUCUACAAGAACCACCACCGUUCGUUUCGAAUGCGAGGAUGGAAGAGCUUUCUAUAAACGGAUGAUGGUCAUAAAAAGUUGCAAGUGUCAUCGCCACUGCACAGACGUCAUGAUAUGGAACGGCCUUCCUGGCAGUCACAGCGCUAGAUCUCACUUAGCGGUCGACAGUUAAUUACUUUCGGAAUCACUCGUUUUUGUAUUUCAAAAAUAUAUUUUUGCUACGAUCUUUUAGCGUUUUGUAUGCCAGACCGUUUUGUAAUGAUAGUCAUUAGAGUGUUGCUUUACUUUUAUUGUGCACUAUUUUAUACAGCCCUAUUUAUUUUGUAUUUAUUGCGCACUUCACGUAAUCUUUCCAUGCCAACAGUGAGCGUGCUCCCCUUCUCAAUAAAAUUCAACAUUUGCUAAUAUGCUA